CAAGUGCAAGCUCCUAUCGCUCCACUCCAUACCUCCUUUGUCCUUAUUCUAACCUCUGUUCCCUUCGCCCACCGGCUUUUUAUUUUCCCGGAAAAAUCAACUGGCCGAGGAAGUGCGAGAAAGUUUCGUUUCGUUUCAAUCUCUGUGCCUGUGGGGUUGCUGAGAGUGAGACGACGCAGUGCUGUAUGUCAGUGGAAUACUACUCCAGUGACUGUUACUACGGCGGAUUCGGCGAGCUCGAUAACCCUUCCCAAUGGCCACAACUCAGGAAAAAGCGACGCCUCGUGACGCUGCAUCCGCCGAAUCCUCGGCUCUGCUCCGCAAGGCCGGCAAGCCGGUUCGCGAUUGGACCGGUUCGGCCACCGAUCUGGACUCGGAUCCGAUCCGCACCAGACCGUCCGUGCCGACCUUGAUCCGACCCAUGGAGUCCCUUCCUGCUCCUUCUACUAACACAGCUGCCACCAAAGGCAUUCCAGUAAUGUUGAGGGCUCAGAGCAGCCACCCUUUGGAGCCUUUAUCUGCUGCUGAAAUCUCAGUGGCAGUGGCCACUGUCAGGGCAGCUGGAGCAACUCCUGAGGUGAGAGAUAGCAUGCGCUUUGUUGAAGUGGCUUUGGUAGAACCAGAUAAACGUGUCGUAGCACUGGCAGAUGCGUAUUUCUUCCCACCCUUCCAGCCGUCAUUGCUUCCCAGAACCAAGGGUGGACCUAUGAUUCCUAGUAAACUUCCUCCGAGGCAAGCGAGACUUGUGGUUUAUAAUAAAAAGUCAAAUGAGACGAGCAUCUGGAUUGUUGAACUAUCGGAGGUGCAUGCGGCAACUCGAGGUGGUCACCAUAGGGGUAAAGUCAUUUCAUCCGAAGUUGUUCCAGAUGUUCAGCCCCCCAUGGAUGCUGUUGAAUAUGCUGAAUGUGAAGCUGUUGUGAAGGACUUUCCUCCAUUUAGGGAAGCAAUGAAGAAGCGGGGUAUUGAGGAUAUGGACCUCGUGAUGGUGGAUCCCUGGUGUACUGGAUAUCACAGUGGUGCUGAUGCUCCUAGCCGCAGGCUUGCUAAACCCCUUAUCUUCUGUCGAACUGAGAGUGACUGCCCUCUGGAAAAUGGUUAUGCUCGUCCAGUUGAAGGAAUCCAUGUGCUUGUGGAUAUGCAAAAUAUGGUGGUUCUUGAGUUUGAAGACCGUAAACUUGUUCCCCUACCUCCUGCUGAUCCACUGAGAAAUUAUACUCCAGGUGAAACACGAGGAGGUGUUGAUCGAAGUGAUGUGAAACCCCUACAGAUAAUUCAGCCUGAAGGACCCAGUUUUCGUGUUAAUGGGCACUUUGUUGAAUGGCAGAAGUGGAAUUUCCGUGUUGGUUUUACCUCCAAGGAAGGCUUGGUUAUCUAUUCUGUAGCAUAUAUUGAUGGUAGUCGAGGCCGGAGGCCUGUGGCUCAUAGGUUAAGUUUUGUUGAGAUGGUUGUUCCUUACGGAGAUCCAAAUGAUCCACACUACAGGAAGAAUGCAUUUGAUGCAGGGGAAGAUGGGCUGGGUAAAAAUGCACAUUCUCUUAAAAAGGGUUGUGAUUGUUUAGGCUAUAUCAAGUACUUUGAUGCGAACUUUACAAAUUUCACCGGGGGUGUUGAAACAAUUGAAAAUUGUGUUUGCUUGCAUGAGGAGGAUCAUGGAAUCUUAUGGAAGCAUCAGGAUUGGAGGACAGGUUUAGCAGAAGUUAGACGAUCUAGAAGGUUGACAGUGUCUUUUAUUUGCACCGUCGCCAACUAUGAGUACGGAUUUUACUGGCAUUUUUAUCAGGAUGGGCAUAUUGAAGCUGAGGUGAAACUUACAGGAAUACUAAGCUUAGGUGCACUGCAACCAGGAGAAACCCGAAAGUAUGGUACAACUAUUGCACCUGGACUAUAUGCACCUGUGCAUCAGCACUUCUUUGUAGCUCGUAUGGACAUGGCAGUUGAUAGUAAGCCUGGUGAAACCUUCAAUCAGGUGGUUGAAGUAAAUGUCAAAGUUGAAGAGCCAGGAAAGAAUAAUGUUCAUAACAAUGCAUUUUAUGCCGAGGAGAAAUUGCUGAAAUCAGAACUGCAAGCAAUGCGCGAUUGUAAUCCUCUAUCUGCUCGCCAUUGGAUUGUCAGAAACACCAGAAACGUCAACCGCACUGGGCAGCUGACAGGUUACAAGCUAGUACCUGGCUCAAAUUGUUUACCAUUAGCUGGUUCUGAGGCAAAAUUUCUGAGAAGAGCUGCAUUUUUAAAGCAUAAUCUUUGGGUCACAUCUCAUGCACGUGAUGAAAUGUAUCCUGGAGGAGAAUUUCCUAAUCAAAACCCACGUAUUGGGGAGGGAUUGGCCACUUGGGUUCAGAAAAAUCGGUCGCUGGAAGAAGCUGACAUUGUCCUUUGGUAUGUAUUUGGAGUGACACACAUUCCUCGACUGGAAGACUGGCCGGUUAUGCCUGUGGAACGUAUUGGUUUUACGCUCAUGCCGCACGGGUUCUUUAAUUGCUCACCGGCGGUGGACGUCCCUCCGAGCACGUGCGAGUUGGACCUCAAGGACAACGGGAUGGCUGCAAAACCUAUUCAGAACGGGUUACUCGCCAAGCUCUGAAAGGAUGACGUACCUACCUACGAAUCACAGGGAGAGAUUGUACGUAUCCAUCUCCAUAUACCAAUUGAAAAUAACGCGGCGUGCUUCUGAGAACCUAAUUAUUUUUAAGGUAGACGAUGAACUGCUAAUCAUGUUAUAAUAAAAACAUCUGGUGCUCAAACGUCAGCCCUUUGAAUACAUAGUGACAAUGUGGUGCUCCGAAUGGGGCUGACUAUUUUUUUUUUUUUUUUUUAAUUUAUAUACUAUAAUAUCUGAAAUAAAUGGAUAUCAUUUUAAACA